AUGAGACCUGAGCUCACUGCCACAACCACGCUGUGCCAAAUCCUCGUUCAGGCCAGGAAGCAUCCACGCUGGAUCCCCCUGUUUGUAUUUAUUGGAGCUAGAGGUACUGGAGCAGCACUGUAUGUCAUGUGCCUAGCGUUGUUCAAUCCAGAUGUCUGUUGGGAUAAAAAGAAUAAUCCAGAACCCUGGAACAAACUGGGUCCUAAUGAUCAACACAAGUUCUACUCAGUUAAUAUAGAUUACAGCAAACUGAAAAAAGAACGUCCACACUUCUCAAUGAAAUGUUUCACUGUAAAGUUGCUUAGAAUGGAGGUCUUCCAGAAGCCAUCCACACAAUUUUCCAUUUAA